AUGGGCAUUCCACCUUCCGCAGAGACGGGAAGCAGAAGGAAGAAGAGGUUCGUGUCCAGCCCCCGCUACGUGGAGACCAUGCUGGUGGCCGACCAGUCCAUGGCCGAGUUCCACGGCAGCGGGCUGAAGCACUACCUCCUGACGCUGCUCUCGGUGGCAGCCAAGCUGUACAAGCACCCCAGCAUCCGCAACUCCGUCAGCCUGGUGGUGGUGAAGAUCAUGGUCAUCUAUGAGGAGCGGAAGGGGCCCGAUAUCUCUUCCAACGCGGCCCUGACUUUAAGAAACUUCUGCAGCUGGCAGAAGCAGCACAACCCGCCCAGCGACCGGCACGCAGAGCACUACGACACGGCGAUCCUCUUCACGAGGCAGGACCUCUGCGGUGCCAAGACAUGUGAUACCCUUGGGAUGGCUGAUGUGGGAACGGUUUGUGAUCUGAACCGCAGUUGCUCUAUCAUAGAGGACGAUGGUUUGCAGGCUGCCUUCACAACGGCCCACGAGCUAGGUCACGUGUUUAACAUGCCUCAUGACGAUGCAAAGCAGUGUGCUGGUAUUAAUGGAAUAAGCCGGGAUUUCCACAUGAUGGCAUCCAUGCUUUCCAAUCUGGAUCGAAGCCAGCCCUGGUCUCCAUGUAGUGCCUACAUGAUUACAACAUUUUUGGAUAACGGUCAUGGUGAGUGUUUGUUGGACAAGCCGCACAAACCCAUCCAGCUUCCUUCUGACUUGCCUGGCACGUUGUACGACGCCAACAGACAGUGCCAGUUUACGUUUGGAGAUGAGUCCAAGCACUGCCCCGAUGCAGCCAGUACGUGUACGACGCUGUGGUGUACUGGCACUUCUGGAGGACUGCUCGUGUGCCAAACCAAACACUUCCCUUGGGCAGACGGCACCAGCUGCGGGGAAGGGAAGUGGUGCAUGAACGGCAAGUGUGUGAAUAAAACUGAGAAGAAGCAUUAUGAUACGCCGGUGCAUGGGAGCUGGGGGUCCUGGGGGGCGUGGGGAGAGUGCUCCCGGACCUGCGGCGGCGGAGUGCAGUACUCCUUCAGGGAGUGUGACAACCCCGUCCCGAGGAACGGGGGGAAAUACUGUGAAGGGAAGCGAGUGCAAUACAGAUCAUGCAACAUCGAGGACUGUCCGGACAAUGAUGGCAAAACCUUUAGGGAGGAACAAUGCGAAAAGCACAAUGAGUUUUCCAAGUCUCCCUUUGGAAGUGGACCUGCAGUGGAGUGGACACCAAAGUUUGCCGGUGUCUCUCCAAAGGACAGAUGCAAGCUGGUCUGCCGAGCGAAAGGAACAGGAUACUUCUUUGUUUUACAGCCAAAGGUUGUGGAUGGUACCCCAUGUAGCCCCGAUUCCACCUCCGUCUGCGUCCAGGGACAGUGCGUAAAGGCUGGCUGCGACCGUAUGAUAGGAUCCAAUAAGAAGUUUGACAAAUGCGGGAUCUGCGGUGGCAAUGGAUCCACUUGCAAGAAAGUGUCUGGCACGCUUGUUAGAGCAAACGACGGCAGCUUCCUCGCCAUCAAAGCGGCAGACGGCACCUACAUCCUCAACGGCGAUUACACCCUGUCCACGCUGGAGCAGGACAUCACCUACAAGGGCAGCGUGCUGCGGUACAGCGGCUCCUCCGCCGCCCUGGAGAGGAUCCGCAGUUUCAGCCCUCUGAAGGAGCCUCUGACCAUCCAGGUCCUCACGGUGGGGGACCUGGGGGACUGGUCGCCCUGCUCUAAGACCUGCGGGAAGGGUUUCAAGAAGAGAUUGUUGAAAUGUAUUUCUUACGACGGCAGCGUGCUGCCGCAAGAAAGCUGUGAGCCUUCCAAGAAACCGAAACACCUGAUAGACUUCUGCAACGUCACGGACUGCAGUUAG